AUGAUUAGGGGCAAAGCGAUUCCGGCCGCAAAAGGACGGCGCUGUGCCGGGACUGGCGGUGAAGGCGUGGCCUUCGUGCAGCGGCCCCCCGAAGGGUUCCCCGCGGCCGCGACCCCGGAGCCCCACGGAGGCCGUUGCCACUACCCGGCAGCCCGCGGCGCUCGCCCACCGGGGCGCGCCCCCUUGGGCUUCCCGUGGUAUGGCUUCGCCUGGAGUGCUCAGGUCUUCACCACCAGUAGUGCCCUGGACGUCCUGGUGAUAGUUUUGUACUUCCUGUUGGCCCUGGGCAUCGCGCUGUGGGCUAUAUUGUCAAGCAGUCGUGGGACAGUAGAAGACUUCUUCCUGGCCGGCCGAAAUCUAGCAUGGUGGCAGAUAGGUGCUUUUCUUUUUGCCUCGAACAUUGGCACUGGGCACUUUAUGGGCCUGGCUGGAAAGGGGGUGUCUUCAGGGAUUGCUGUUGGGGCCUUCGAGUGGAAUGCUCCAUUUAUGCUCUGUGUUUUUGGUUGGGUAUUUUCUCCCAUUUACAUUAAGGCUGGGAUGAUAACAUUGCCCAAAUAUUUAAGGAAGAGGUUUGGUGGCUACCGGAUCCAGCUCCUCCUCCCUAUCCUGUACUUAUUCCUUUAUAUCUUCAGUAAGAUCUCGGUGGAGAUCUGCACUGGCGCCACGUUCAUGAGGCUGGUUUUGGGGUUGGAUGUUUACCUGGCCACCGUAGUCUUGCUGUCAGUUACUGGCAUUUAUGCCAUCACAGGUGGUUUUGCGGCUGCAGUUUAUACUGAUAUCUUACAUGCUGGCGUUGUGGUUCUGGGCUCAGUCUUGUUAAUGGGCUAUGCCUUUAAGGAGGUAGGAGGAUACCAGGAGCUACAGCAUAAGUACAUGGAUGCUAAGCCCACCCUCAUCCGUGAAGGAAACUGGACCGCCCAGCCGGAAUGCUUCAUUCCUCGUCUGGAUUCUUUCCAUAUCUUCCGAGAUCCCACCACUGGAGACAUCCCCUGGCCUGGAGUCAUCUUUGGCAUCUCCACCCUCUCCUUGUACUACUGGUGCACCGACCAGAUUUUUGUCCAGGGCUGCCUGGCAGGGAAGAACAUGUCUCAUGUGAAAGGCGGCUGUGUCUUGUGUGGGUACCUGAAGCUGCUGCCCAUGUUCAGCAUAGUGACGCCGGGGACGCUCAGCCGCGUCCUGUACACAGAUAGAGUGGCGUGUGUUGUGCCUUCAGAGUGUGAAAAGUCCUGUGGCGCCAGAACUGGCUGCAGCCCCCUCGCCUACCCUGUGCUGGUGGUGGAGCUGCUGCCCAGUGACGUUCGAGGCUUGAUGGUGUCCGUACUCUGGGCCUCUCUCAUGUCCUCCCUGACUUCUGUUUUCAGCGGUGCCAGUGCCGUGUUCACAAUGGACAUCUACACCCAGAUACGGCCGAUGGCCACUGAAAAGGAACUCAUGCUAACAGGAAGGUUUUUUGUUAUAAUCUUACUUGCUGUCUCCAUUGCAUGGGUCCCUGCUAUACAAAUGGCACACAGGGAACAACUAUUUGAAUACAUGCAAGCAGUUUUAAGUUACCUGACGCCGCCCAUUGCUGCCAUCUUCCUGCUUGCCAUAUUUUGCAAGAGAGUCACUGAGCAGGGUGCCUUCUGGGGGCUGACUGGUGGACUUCUGAUUGGCUUCUGCCGCAUGGUGUCCGAGUUUGCCUACGGGGCCUGGAGCUGCUCGACAAACAACAGGUGCCCUCGGAUCAUCUGCGGCGUGCACUACCUCUACUUUGCCGUCAUCCUCUUCACCAUCAGUCUUUUCACCGUCGUGGGGAUCUCCUUGUUCACAGACCCGAUUCCGGAUAAACAUCUACACCGCCUCUGUUGGAGUUUAUGGAACAGCCAAGAGGAAAGGGUUGAUCUGGACAAAGACACACAAGGGAAGAGCCCCGCACCACAGGCACGGCCAGACGUAUUUGAGGAGGCCGGGAGCUGCCUCUGGAAGGCCUGGGAUGUGUUCUGUGGCCUGGAGCCACUGCCAGGCCCCAGACUCGCCCCGGAAGAGGCAGUCGUGCAGAAGAUGGAGUGUGGUGACACGGAAGGGACACAGCACAGUGCCACGUCUGAAGGGACAGAGAAGCGUGACAUGCUGGAAGGAACAAAGCUCCGAGACAUGCCAGAGAUGUCCCACUGGAGAAAAGUGCCCGACGUCUGCGGGUUCCUCUUGGUGUCGCUCACAGUGCUCUGCCACUUCUACUUCUCCUAG